AUGGCUCGGCGCAUGACACGCUCGCUCGAACGCUGGCGACCGCCUCCUCGUCUGUUGGUCGCCGUCGCGCUUCUCCCGGCUCGCGCACUCGCCGCCGACCGCCAGUUCACCAUCGUCAACUCGUGCGACUUUACGGUCUGGCCCGCCGUCACCAAUUGGAACGAGGGCGCCAAGUACACGGGCGUGCGCGGCUGGGAGGCGGCGGCAGGGAGCGAGAAGUCCGUCACGGUGCCCGAGAGGUGGAACGGACGAGUCUGGGCACGUCGAGCGUGCAAGUUCGACGCCGACGGCAAGGGCUCGUGCGUCACGGGCGAUUGUCCUGGCGGCCUCGAGUGCGACGACAACACGAUCGGCUGGGUCAACGUCGGCGAGUUCAACCUGAACGCGUGGGGAGGGAACGACUUUUGGGACAUCUCGGCCGUUCCAGGGUGGACGGGGCCGAUGUCGAUCGAGCCGGACGGGUGCGACUCGCUGUCGUGCACCGAGGACGUUCUCGCCGCAUGCCCCGACGACCGCAUGAAGCAGAAAGACGGCGACGGCAACGUCAUUGGCUGCCUGAGCGCGUGCAUGGCCGGCAUCAACGCCGUCGAGCCGAGCGUCAACUGCUGUUCCGGCAAGUACAACAACGUGACGGCGUGUCUGCCCGGCGACGUCGACUUUUACGACCGCUUUGUGAACACGCAUACUGCCUACGACUACCAGAAGGGAGACCCAGCCGUCGACUACGCGUGCCCGUCGGCAAACAGCCCGAACUACAAGGUCACGUUCUGCCCCGGCGGCAAAAGCUCGUCCUCGUCGGCGAAUUCGAGCGGAGCGAGCGGCGGGGCGGCGGACUCGUCGGCGACUAAGGCGCGAGCCGACGCGGCGACGACGCUUAUGGCGGAGGAGAUGUCGUCGACUGAGGCGGCGGGUACCGGCUCGACGAGGAGCGGCACUUCGACCGCUCGUCCGACGGCGGCGACGAGCAACGCUUCCUCUGCCGACGAGCAGCAGCACAACAGCCUCUCGACGCCGACGCCCAACCAGUCCGGUUCGACCUCGUCACCGUCGCCUGCAGCAGCCGCCUCGACCGACGAAAGCGCCUUUCUCGGCGUCUCGAAGCCGGUCGCCCUCGCCGUCGUCGGCUGCGCCGUCGCCCUCCCUCUCGGCAUGCUCGCACACCCAAGCACUGCGCCGAGCGCAACCGCGGCGCGCUCCUAG